AGACUCAAGUUGUAUUGUCUGUUGUCUGCUGCUCUAUGUCUAUGUCUGUCCAUUAGAUUACAAACGUACGACGUGAUAGCGGUGGUAUAAAAUUUUUUUCAACAAUUGUGUAACCGAAAUAUUGUUUAAUUACGAUGGUUUUAAAAGUGUAAAGUUAAUCAGUGAUAUUGUGUGCACCGCCGGAAAUCAAUUAUGAAUUACUUAAACGCAUUCGCCAUCAGACCGCCGUCGACGUCUUCGUCAGAUAUGCGCAUGUCAUCGUCGUCGCAAAACAGCCGUCACAGUAGUCGUCACAGCAGCACCAGCAGCAGCGUAGAUGACAGACUAUCGCCGUAUUCGAUCGGUAGUAUUAGCCACAACAGCAGCAUCCGCGAUCGAACCAUACUAGACUCAGACCAUACGUUGCUAAACGAUAUGCGCUAUGAAAUAGACAAAUUGUGCCGCUCCGACGAACCGCCUUCAUCCUUGUCUCGUAAAACUUCCGAAAGCUCGUCCAUCUUCGAAGACUUACCAAUGUGCGACGAUCACCAUUUGUGUAAAGACUACUUCUGCUACGACUGCGUAUACGAAGUAUGCGUCGAAUGCAUCAAAACCCAACACAACGAGCACUACCUGUACCCAGGACUAUCGUGUAAAGAGCUAUUCGAAGAGACCGAACGAGCCCGCAACAUGGUCCGCGAUAACAUCAUGACCAUCGAGAAACAAAUCAAUACGCUACAUUACAAGAAGAUGAUCGCCGCCGGCAAUAUAAAAGCUUUUUUCCAUAAGUUUCGCGAACUAGUCGAUACCAAGGAGACCGAGUUGCUGAACGAUGUGGGCUACAUAGCCGAAUGCCGAGCUCGUAUAUUGGACCAGAAACUGAAAGAGAAUCAGAGCGCUAUGAAUGGCAAUCAGCAGCUAAUGGAUACGAUACAGGAUUACUUGCGUAUUGGUAAUAUCGAGGCAGCUGUGCACGAGUGCAGAUUCGCCAAGAAACACUUGGAAGUGCUGAGGAGUCUGCAGAGGAACGCCCAGCAGCCGGAUGAAGAUAUAGUUUUUAUACCUCCGGAUGAUCCGUGCAGCGUCGGAUUGAAAGAAUUGGGUACGAUUACGUGUCCUAGUUACGUGGCUUCGGUUACCUGCAACAAUAUGCGGAAUAUGGGUACUAAUACUCAUAAUGGUACCUCUGGAAUUAAUGGAAGUCGUACCAACGGUAUCGGAAUCGGUUCAACGAUGACCAACGUCAAUGGAAAUGGUAGUCUUACGACCACUGCGACGACGAUGACCAAUGGCAACAGCUUGGGCAAUAACGGAGGUGGAGGUGGUGGAGGUGGUAAUCCGAUCUUCGACAAUGGACCUACGUUCCAUCCCUUCCAACCAUUCGGACCUCCUCAGCCUAGAUCUCCCCUGUUCACGACACCUUCGCAGACUCUGGUCCAGCAACAACAACAGCAACAGCAGCAGCAGCAGCAACAGCAACAGCAACAACAACAGCUGCAGCAACAGCAACAGCAGACGAAUACCUUGUUCCCUACGUCUUCGACGACCAUUACGUCUAAUUCGAACGCAGCGAUGGCCGGAAUCGAUUGCCCUCUGACGUCGUUGACUACGAACCCGAACGUGUUACCAUUUAUUGGCAAACCAUUGCGAAAGGAUCCAGUUCCUAAUUGUAUUAGUCCUUUGAACACGAUAUCUUCGGAUAUGAACAUGUUUCCGGUCAGCUUCCAUACCAGAAGGAACUACGCCCGGAUCAAGAAACCGGUCACCGUGUUCGGUAAAGAAGGCAGCGGAGACUACGACCUAUGCAGACCUUGGGGAGUCUGCUGCGAUAACAACGGCCAUAUCAUCAUAGCCGAUCGAAGCAACAACCGUAUACAGAUCUUCCGAUCGGACGGAUCUCACGUACGUAAAUUCGGCCAACAAGGAACCGAAGAAGGCGAAUUCAAUCGUCCUGCAGGAGUAGCCAUCGAUUACUACGGUCGCAUCGUAGUCACUGAUAAAGAUAACCAUCGAGUCCAAGUGUUCACAAUGGAAGGCAAGUUCGUAUUCGCGUUCGGCGAACGUGGCCAAAGCAAUGGCAAAUUCCACUAUCCUUGGGACGUAGACGUAAACUCGGCCGGAUUAAUCGCCAUCUCUGAUACUCGUAAUCAUCGCAUACAGCUAUUCACCGGUAACGGAAUGUUCUUGAAGAAGUUCGGCUUCGAGAGCAUGUCGAACAUGUGGAAAUUCUUCGACUCUCCUCGAGGUCUGUGCUUUACUCCGGAUAACACGAUCAUGGUGACGGAUUUCAAUAAUCAUAGAUUAUACGAAAUCGAUAUCGAAAAGACACCGAAGCUUUUGAACGCAGAUAACUAUAAACGAUGCGAAUUAUUCAGACCUCAAGGGCUAGCCAUGGAUGCAGAUGGUAACGUACUAGUCGCCGAUUGUCGCAAUAACCGGAUACAAGUGUUUUCACGUGCUGGAGAAUUGAUCGGAUCGUUCGGUGUGGCCGGAAAGGAACUGGGACAGUUUGAUAGACCGAGUGGAAUCGCCCUGACUCCGGAUGGCAAAAUCGUCGUAGUCGAUUUCGGUAAUCAUAGAAUUCAGAUAUUCUAAUUCUAAUCGGUUCGUCUCUUGUUUAAAUUUUUUUGAAAAAUAUCUACGAUAAUGUAACGACGAUGAUGUAACGUUUGAUCCCCCUGCCUUGCCCUCCUCUUCGUUCUAUUUUUUUUUAUACUUAUCAGUAUAGUAAUUUUUAUGUGAUCGACAAAGAUGCCGUUGCGGCAAACUUGAUUUUAAAUUAAUAAUAAUCAGUGAUAAAGCGUAUAGUUUUUUUUCUCUUCUUCUAUUUAAUUAUUUAAUUUCGCGGUGUCCACGUCUUUAUUAAUUGUACUUUAUUGAAAAUUUUUGUGAGAAGGCAAUCCUAUCGAUUUGCUUAAGUGAAUCAUUAAAUUAUUUUAUUUUUAUCUAACGAGACAAAAAAAUGCGCAAAUAAUGCAUUUAUUAUCUUUAUUAUUUUAUUAUUAUCAUUAAAUACCCAAUUUUACUAUUUAGUAAUUUUUUUUCAAAAAAAAAAAAAACUGUACCAUUUUCUCAAUCAUAUGGUACGAUUCGAUAUUUCAAUAUUUGCGACGUUGAGAUUAUUUUUUUGUUUUUUUUUUCAUUAUUAUUUUUUUGUUAUUGACAUUGGUCGAAAAUCUCUCUUUCGUGACAUUGUGUUGUUGAAAAGUGAAAACGUCGUGCAAUUUUUUGAAAAAAUCUCCUCUUUAACGGUUUAAUAAUUUUGUUGACCUUUUUUUUUUAAAAAAAAUAAAAAUGUCCCCGGAUUCGUUCGUUUUUGUUUUAAUAGUACGAAGUUAUAAACUUACUUUACAUUGAUACGUAUUGAUAAUCAAUAUAAAUAACGUAACGAUUUGUGAAAUUUUUGGGGCAUAUUGUACUAUUACGAAUUUAGUUAGAUCUUUUUCCUAUAUAAUUUUAUCUUUUUUUUUUUUUGUUUCCAUUUCUCGUCUUAAUUACGACGUUACUUCUUAUUUAUCGAGUUAGUUAUAGUGCGCUUGUGCCAUAAUAAUGAAUCUAGAAAUUAAUAGUAUCAAAAGUUAUUCUUUAAGAGUACCUAUUUAAGCGAUUAGUAUGUUUAUUUAGAUUUAAUUUCGUGCAAUUUGUUUUUCGUGCCCUUUUUUGGGGGGUCUGAGACGACGAAUUGAUUAUGUUGGCCGGAAUUUAAUUUUUUAUCUUUUUUUAAUUUGGGUUUAUUUAUUAUUUUUUUUGUAGCAAAGAGAAAUGUCAACGAAUAGUGUUACUCGUAUAUGGCGAUAGACGAUAGGGAGGAGUUAAGGGAGACUUAUUGCCCAAACUUUAACACGUUGUUGGUUCAUUUUUUUUUUUUUCAUUUCUAAGACGUCGUAGUAGGAAUGAGUCGUUUUAGUGCGAGAUUAUGAUCUACGUGUAUGUUUAGUUUUUUACAUACGGCUGGGAAUAAUUGUGUGUGAUAAUCUGAAAUAUCUAAUGAUUGCAAUACUCGUACAUGUGGAUCUGAUUCUGAAUUUAGAUUGUACUCGUAAAAUGCCAAGUGUGAUAAAGAAUGGGUUGUGUUUUUUUUUUUUUUUUCGAACCUUAUGUGAGAAUGAAUAGAAAUUGUGUUCUUAAAGUGGCAUAUGGUGGUUUUUUUUCAUGAUACACGUGGGUUUGUGUCUCAUUUUGUAUGAGAAAUUUUCGAUGCUGAAUUGAUGAUGAGUUUUGAGAGUUACGUGGGUUGUGAAAUUUUUCCAUGUGAUAUAAAUUUUGGGGUCUGAUUUCAGUUGUGAUUAUUGAUUUCGAAAUUUUGACAUUUGGCUACGCUGUAGAAAGGCAGAUGGUGCUGAUUCGGCUGCUGAAUGGGUCCUUAGUGCUUCACUCUUUCUUGUUUUGUAAUUUGAAUCCGUGGAGCUGAAAAAACAUUAAUAAUAUUCAGAGAUUGCAGCAAAAAAAAAAAAAAAAUGGUGAGAAAAUUUACCGAAGUCUCAGCAGAAAAUUAAUGUGGAAAAGUAUCGAAAUAUUUUUUUGUAAAAAAAAAUCUGGACUUUUUAUCCAGCUAGUUUUAUUGUUUUUUUUUCUGAACUGCAUUUUUGAACUGAAUUUUUGUGUUUUUUCGCUGAUUAAAAAUCGAGAGUGUGGACGAUUUUCUUCGAAACUCAUGAUCAAUAAUCCACAUUUGUAUUUUAGAAACUCUCGAAUAAAGAAUUGAGGGAGGAGGGUCACUUUUUUUUUAUCAAUGCCCCUGAAAUGUAUUUCUAUGAUAUUUGGCAACACAGCAUCCAAAAAUCAAGAUUCUUUUGGUUUCGUUUUCUCUUUCAAAUUAUCAUAAUAUUGUGUGAUCAAUUAUUCAUGUGAAUUUUUUUUUGCUUUUUAAAUACUUGGUACGCAACGGUGAAGAAAAUUUUAUUUUAUUUUUGGUACUGAAAAAUUUAAACAUUUACAUUUUAGAAACUCUGGAAUGGAGAAAUGCGGGAGAAGGUCACUUUUGAUCAAUGACCCUGAAAUGUAUUUCUAUGAUAUUUGGCAACACAGCAUCCAAAAAUCAAGUUUUUUUGGUUUUGUUUGCUCUUUCAAAUUAUCGUAUUGUGUAAUCAUUAAUCAACUAUUGUACAUAUUUUUUUUUUUUUAAAUUCUUGGUACAAAUAAUGAUCAAUUUCUGAAAUUUGGCAACGUUGCGUUGGUGAAGUAAAAUUUUAUUUUGGUUCUGAAAAAUUUCAAAAAUUUGAACAUUUGCAUUUUAGAAACUCUCGAAGUCUCGGAAUGGAGAAUUGGUGGGGGUAGUCACUUUUGAUCAAUGACCCUGAAAUCUAUUUCUAUGAUAUUUGGCAACACAGCAUCUAAAAAUCAAGAUUCUUUGGUUUCGUUUUCUCUUUUCUUUUUUCCUUUUCUCUUUCAAAUUAUCAUAAUGUGUAAUCAGUUAUUGUGAAAUUUUUUUUGGUUUGAGAAAUGGGGAAGAUCACUUUUGAUCCAUGACCCUGAUAUUUGUAUUUCUGUGAUAUUUGGCAACACAGCGUCCAAAAAUCAAGAUUCUUUGGUUUCGUUUUCUCUUUCAAAUUAUCAUAUUGUGCAAUCAAUUAUUGUGAAUUUUUUUUUGUUUUUUAAAUACUUGGUACAAAUUAUGAUCAAUUUUUGAAAUUUGGCAACGUUGGUGAAGAAAAUUUAUUUUAUUUUUGGUACUGAAAAAUUUAAACAUUUGCAUUUCAGAAACUCUCGAAUGGAAAAAUGGGUAAGAAGAUCACUUUUGAUCAAUUACCCUGAAAUGUAUAUUCAUGAUAUUUGGCAACACAGCAUCCAAAAAAUCAAGAUUUUUUUUUGGUUUCGUUUGCUCUUUCAAAUUAUUAUAUUGUGCAAUCAAUUAUUGUAAUUUUUUUUUGUUUUUUAAAUAUUUGGUACAAAUUAUGAUAAAUUUCUGAAAUUUGGCAACGUUGGUGAAGUGGAAUUUUAUUUUGGUACUGAAAAAUUUAAACAUUUGCAUUUUAGAAACUCUCGAAUGGAGAAAUGAGGGAGGGGGGGUCAUUUUUGAUCAAUGACUGAAAUGUAUUUCUAUGACAUUUGGCAACACAGCAUCCAAAAAAAAAUCAAGAUUUUUUUUUUUGCUUUCGUUUGCUCUUUCAAAUUAUCAUAUUGUGCAAUCAAUUAUUGUAAUUUUUUUUUUUUUUAAAUACUUGGUACAAAUUAUGAUCAAUUUCUGAAAUUUGGCAACGUUGGUGGAGUAAAAUUUUAUUUUGGUACAGAAAAAUUUGAACUUUGAACAUUUGCGUUAUAGAAACUCUCGAAUGGAGAAAUGGGGGAGAAGGUCACUUUUGAUCAAUUACCCUGAAAUGUAUUUCUAUGAUAUUUGGCAACACAGCAUCCAAAAAUCAAGAUUUUUUUUUUUGGUUUCAUUUGCUCUUUCAAAUUAUCACAUUAUUGUGUAAGUAAUCAAUUAUUAUGAAUUGGUUUUUUUUUGAAAAAAAAAAAAGAACACUUGAUACAAAUUAUGAAUAAUUUCUAAAAUUUGGCAACGUUGGUAAAGUAAAAUUUUACUUCGGCAUUGAAAAAGUUAAGCUUGCUUGCCUGAUAUUUUUUUAGGUAGCUUUCGAAUCAGAAAUUACCUUUUUUAUUUCCCCUCACCCCUCACACCCUCCGGCUCCUGUUCCAAUAUCAAUCUUUGGCAACGUCGCAUUGAAACCUUUCUCUCUGAAUUCAGAAGGAAAGAAAACUUGCUAAUGUGUUUGUCAAGUUUAAGUUACCCAGAGGAGAUUUUUUUUCAAAAAGUAAUGGAUUUGAAUUUGAUCUCCUUUUCAAUACCUUUUAUGGCAACGUCGCAUUUAAAAAUUUUCUUCGGUAUGUACUGAAAAAUUCCAACUUACUUGUCUAACAUUUUUUUAGGCAGCUUCAGAUGCAGAAAAAUCGUAAAUUGAUUUUAAUUCUACUUCCCCCCCCCUCUUGAGUUCAAAUUCGGUGCUAAUUAGUAAUUUAGUUCAAUUUCAAUAUUUGGCAACGUCGCAUUCGGAGUUUUUCUCUGUUCUUUUAACAAAAAUUGUUUGCGUGUCUGUUGAGUAUUAUUUUCAAAUAUUCUGAAAAAUAAUGGAUUUGAACCCCCUUCCCCCUUCUUAUCCAGUUUGAGUUGAGUUUAGUACUGAUUUUGUUGAAUUUCAAGCAUUGGCAACGUCGCAUUUAUCGCAUUUUCUGCGUAUUUUUCAAAUCGAGUCAUCGGAUUUUCUCAAAUGUCUGCAAACUGUUGAAUAUUUUCGAGCAUUUUAAAAACAACGUAUUCGAUCUCCCUCCCUCCCCCCCCCUUCAUCAUAAUUACGGAUGUUUUUUUACACCAUUUUUUUUUAUAACAUUCCAGCCCAUUUCAUCUACCUAAUUCGAAAUCUAUCGAGUUGACAUUUCUCUACGGAAUUGGCAAUAAUUUUUGCUCUGUUAUCGGUAGGUAGUUGCUUUUCCUUGUUUUGUUUAUCGUUUGUGAGUGUUUUAUUAUUACUAUUUUUUUUUCAUUCGUUGGUUAGUUAUGUUUUUUUUUUUAUUAUUCUUGUGUGUAUUUUUUUUUUUUUAAAUUGAAAAACUUUCUACCGCCUGUUUAUCAAAAGUCAAUAUUACUGUAAAUAAAUUAUAAACAAUAUUAAGACUUUAUAGUAACAAGUAAGACUGUAUAAUGAAGACUGAUUUUAUUAAAUAAUUUCUACGUAGUAUGUAUCUCUCUACGAAAACAACUAUCUCUGAUCGCGUUUACGCUGUUUAGUUACUUUCCUUUGAUUUUUUUUUUGUUUUUAAAAAAAAGUUUCAAUCAAUGCAUUGCCUUUUACCUUUUUUUCUUUUGUUUUUGGUAGCUAAGACUGAUAAUUUUUUAUGCUUUAAGAUAUACCUUCGUUCGUCGUGUAGCUUCUUAUAGAAUUCCGCUUGAGUAAUAUUGAUUUGUGAGUUUUUCGUUUUCCUGUACUAAAAAUUUUAGCUAAUUUUUUAUUUUGUUUACUUACCUUGUAGUGAGUUUCUUUUUUUUUUCUAUCUCUCUCUAAAGAUAGGUUUUUAAUUACAAUUAGGUGUAUUAUGGUUUAAUGUAAUUAUUUAACCAUUGAAUUGUAUGUAAAAGUGUUCGGCUGUUUGCCCCUAUUUUUAAUUAUUUCAGGCGAUAUAUCGCCAUUGGCUUAGAAUAUAAGUGUAGCCCAAUGCAAUAGGUAGUAUAUCAAUAGAAUAGAGUAUCUGUAGUAAUUAACUCGUUCCCUUUCGAUGAUAAAUGGUUUUAAAAAAAUGACAGGAGUAAAAAUGCUAAAAGCAUUAGUUCUUUUUUUUUUUUAUUUGUUAUAACAUUUAGACACAUGGUUGAGCUUAACGAUACCAUUGGUCUAGCUCACAUCAUAAGUCGUUAAAUUUGUUGUAUUGUUUCUAAUAUUUUUAUAUAGAGUAUUACCCCGCCAACCAUCCGCCAUUUUGCAUUUACCUUAAUUUUUAACUGGUGUCUGAAAGAACAAACAUUCCUGAAAAAAUCUGCUUACUAAAACUUUAAAUUUUUACUAUAAUUAUUUAAUCAACUGUACUAGCAAUAACUCUUGGGUCUUGAGAAUAUUAUUUUAUAAGAAUAUUUGUUAAGGCUUUGUAAAAUUUAAUCUUCCUUUUUUUUUCUUCAGGGUGAAUGUACUGAAUUUACCCUUAGCGAGGUUUAUAUUUUUCUGUAUUGGCUUUUUCCUUCGACGUCUAUUUUGUAUUACAAAUUUUUUAAUAGAGAAAGCAUAGUACCGGAGUAAGUGUAACCGAGAAACGAAACGAAACUAUAAAAUGGUUUCAAAAAAAUUCCUCCUCGAGUAUAUAGCAACCAUUAUGAGAGUAAUUUUCGUAUGACGAAUUUAUUAGACGAGAUUUGCUUUUAAAGCUGACUCGUCUUAUAGAUAAUUAUUUUUCUUUAACCAUUUUUAACUAGUGAAAUUUAUAAGAUAAUCAAUUUUUUUGUGUAGUUUUUUUUUUCUUUUUUUUAGUUUUGUUUUGGAGUAUGCACAAUCGAUGAAAUACGCUUUCGACUAGUCGACGUCAGAAUUUUCAUUCAAAAUGCUAUGAUAAAAUCAAAAUUUUGUGUACUUACAUUACCUUCGUCCGUUCGGAAUUUUUUUUGUCUGAAAUUCUCAAAAUGAAUACCUCAUCGUGAAAUCCAAUCUGUGUUCAAUUCGUUAAUAUGUGUAGGAUUAACGUGCUACGAGUAUGGUGAUGUAACUCUGUGUGUUGUGGUAAUUUAGGCACGUUUGUCUCUCUUUUAAUACUUUUUUUUUUUUUUUUUAAUUUUACAGUUUUUAUUUUUUUAUUUAUUUUUUUUUUUACGAAAUAGAUUGGUACUGAAAAGAUUAACUUUAUAAUUAUGCUCAAAUGUCUCAUCUCAGGUGUUUAAAUGGUACCAAGAAUGGUUUUUUUAAUAACUAAUUUUCUAUAGUUAGAUAAAUCAUCGGCGUGUAGUGUACUUCUUGUAGUAUUGUGUUUGUAGUGUGCAAAAUGUCAAUGUGUGUGUAGCAAACUGAAAAAAAUUGAUGUAUGAAAUUUGCUCAUAUGUGUGUUACAAAAUAUAUACCGAAUAGACUGUUUUUAUGGCGAAUAAAUUCCUCAUUUUGUAUGGUCUCGUUAAUGUUAUAAGGUAAUAGCUUAUACGCUUGUUAAGAUUAUGUGUUUUUUUUGUCUUUGUUUUUUUUUCUUUUAUUUCCAUAAAGAAAAAAAAAAGAAAUGGAAUGAUACCUACGUUUCGGAUUGAAAAAGCAAUAUUUUUUUCUAAAAAAAAAAAACAAACUUUCACAAGUACAAAGUAUAAAUACAUAAUACCUGUAACCAUCUCGAUCGAGUGUUUUUUUUUGUGUAAUUUUUUUUAAAAAAAGCACGAUGCGUUGAAGCGUUGUGUCGAAAUGUUAUUAAUGUCAUAUUCAUAAUACAGGGUUUUCUAUAAAAAUCUGUUGUAUAAACUGAAAAGUUACGUAGAAAAAGCUUGUAGUUUUGUAUUUUUACAAAUUGAAUACGUUUUUUUUUUUUUUUUGUACUAUUAAUCAUUUUUAAUACAGAUUUGUAUUUAUUAUUAUAAACGUUUUGAGUUUCUUUUUUCAUGUUUAAGAGUAAAUGUAGCCUAUUUCUGCGUUUAUUAAUAAAAGUUCUAAGAGUA